AAGGGGACGAGGCUCCUGCCGCCACACACACACACACACACACAGACAGACAGGCAGAGUCGCUCCCCACAGUCCCGUCCCACGCACGCGCACACGCCCGCGCGCUCCCGCCCGCGCGCUCCCGCCGGGCCGGGUUGAUGUCCCUCCAGCACCAUGCAGCCGCCGCCGAGGAAGGUGAAAGUUACACAAGAACUGAAAAACGUUCAAGUUGAGCAGAUGACAAAACUUCAAGCCAAGCAUCAGGCAGAAUGUGAUUUGCUUGAAGAUAUGAGGACGUUCAGUCAAAAGAAAGCUGCAAUUGAGAGAGAAUAUGCCCAGGGGAUCCAGAAGCUGGCCAGCCAGUACCUGAAGAAGGACUGGCCCGGAACCAAAGCUGAAGAGAGAAGCGAUUCCAGGAGCAUGUACCCGGUAUGGAAGGCCUUUCUUGAGGGCACAGUGCAGGUGGCCCAGUCCCGGAUCAACAUCUGUGACAACUAUAAAAACCUGAUCUCUGAGCCAGCCCGCGCAGUCAGGAGCUUGAAGGAACAGCAGCUGAAACGGUGUGUGGACCAAUUGACAAAGAUUCAAACAGAACUGCAGGAGACAGUGAAAGAUUUAGCGAAAGGCAAAAAAAAGUACUUGGAAACAGAACAGAUGGCUCACGCAGUGCGGGAGAAAGCCGACAUCGAGGCCAAAUCCAAACUUAGUCUUUUUCAGUCAAGAAUAAGCUUACAGAAGGCGAGUGUAAAGUUGAAAGCCCGGAGAUCAGAGUGUAACUCGAAGGCCACUCAUGCCAGAAACGACUACCUUCUCACCUUGGCUGCUGCCAACGCGCACCAGGACCGCUACUAUCAAACGGAUCUGUUGAACAUCAUGAAGGCUCUUGAUGGGAAUGUAUCGGAUCACCUCAAAGACUAUUUAAUGGCGUUCAGCAGGACUGAGCUAGAGACGUGCCAAGCCGUACAGAGCACCUUCCAGUUCUUAUUGGAGACAUCAAGCCGAGUGGUGCGGGACCACAGCCUCCAGCUGUUCCUUCAGGAGAAUGCUGUGUUCCACAAGCCGCAGCCCUUCCAGUUCCAGCCGAGCGACAGCGACCCAAGUGUGACUGCCGUUCAGCUGGUGGACAUUGAGCCCUCCCCUGUCCGGGCUCUGAGGGUCACUCUGGCAGAGAGCCGACAGCUGGAAUCUGAGACGGGGACCACAGAGGAACACAGCCUGAACAAGGAGGCCCGCAAGUGGGCCACCCGCAUCGCCCGGGAGCACAAGAACAUUGUCCAUAGCCAACGGACGUUGGACGAGCUGGAGUGUCACGGUAUCACAGUGCCGGAGCAGAACCGGGCAGAACUGGAGCAGAAAAUCGAUGAGGCCAGAGAAAGCAUCCGUAAGGCCGAGGUGGUCAAGCUGAAAGCGGAGGCGCGGCUGGGCCUGCUGAAGCAGAUCGGCGUCUCUGUGGAUGCCUGGCUGAAGAGUGCCAUGAAUCAAGUGACGGAGGAGCUGGAGAACGAGCGCUGGGCCAAUCUGCCCUCCGGGACCAAGAACGGCUCCCUGCACACGUUAAAUGCAGACGCAGAAAGGGACGAGGGGGACGAGUUGGAGGACAGCAUGGAUGUGUUGGAUGACAGCAGUUCCAGCCCCUCGGGCACCCUGAGAAACUACCCGCUCACCUGCAAAGUGCUGUACUCCUACCAGGCUUCUCAGCCAGAUGAGCUGACCAUUGGGGAGCAGGAGGUGCUGGAGGUGAUUGAAGAUGGAGAUAUGGAAGACUGGGUAAAGGCGCGGAACCAGGCUGGCCAGGUGGGCUACGUGCCUGAGAAGUACCUGCAGUUCCCCACGUCCAGCAGCCUUCUGAGCAUGCUGCAGUCCCUGGCGGUUCUGGAUGGGCGCUCCCACGCCUCCGGCAGCUCCCCCGAAGGCGACCUCGGGUCCGGAAGCCUGAAUGGGGACUCCUCUGUGUGCUUUGUGAAAGCGCUGUACGACUACGAGGGCCAGACGGGGGACGAACUGACCUUCCCCGAGGGGGCCAUCAUCCGCAUCGUCAACAAGGAGAAUCAAGAUGACGACGGCUUCUGGGAGGGCGAGUUCAGCGGGCGAGUGGGCGUUUUCCCGUCGGUGCUGGUGGAGGAGUUGAACGCGUCCCCGAACGGCGGCUCCCUGUGGAGCGGAGAUGUGCAGGGUUCUCCCUCUUCCAAGGCCCAGACCUCACUGGCUCCGCUGCCCCUGUACGACCAGCCCCCGAGCAGUCCCUACCCCAGCCCCGACCGGCGAACUUCUCCGGGCUUUCCCAGCUCGCCGUCGGUGAACGAGAACAGCCUCGGUUCCGACUCGCCCGCGUUUCCCCAGCCUCCGCGCCCCGCGCCCGAAGCCUCGUACGGCAAGCUGCGGCCGGUACGAGCGGCUCCCCCUCCACCCACCCAGAGCCACCGCCGGCCCACAGAGAAGAUGGAGGACGUGGAAAUCACCCUGGUGUGACACCGGGUCAGCCGGGCCCAGAGGCCCCCCUGCGGGUCAGAGGCGGGCCAGGGGCAGACUGGAUGGGGGCCAGGCCAGCAAGGCUCUCCCCCCUUUGCAUGCAGAUGACUCCAGCCGCUGACUCGGAAAAGGGGCAGCUCGGACCCCUCCCCACAGUCACGGACUUGAGGGCUUCCUGGCAGCUCCUGCCCAUUCCCUCCUCUGUUCUCCCAACUUCCUCCUCCGUGUGGCUCAUCCAGGGAGCUCUAAGUGGGCGGAGGCACCUACGCCUGGGACCCCGGCUUUCCCGGCACCCUUGAGCGGGCUCCCUCCAUAGCGAGGUGGCACCGUUUGUAUGUUAUCCUGGGGCCAAGGGGGUGUGGCCUGGUGUCUCCUGGUGCCCAGGUGGGCCUCCGCCUGAGAAUACAUCGGUGUCUGCGUACCAGGAGGGCUGGCCCUCUCAGUUGCCCGGCAGAAAGCAAAUGAGGAGAAUCGAGACAAGGGAACAUGCCGCCGCUCCUCCAGUGCCCAUCGCAGAAGGACAAGGAGCGUCUGUGACUGACCAGGGCCAACGUUAAGGGGUCCUUCCAAGCUGACAUCAGUUGCUCGCUGAAGGCCGCGGGGGCCCAGGGCCUGGACCAAGGGAUGGCAGGGAGGCUGUGUGUCUGCGGCAGCCAAGCUCCAUCAUUUCCCAGCCUGCUUCUGGCAUCUUGCAUGGGGGCCAGUUUGGCACAAUGAUCGUCCAGCGCAGUAGCCCUUUUGCCCUGGCUUCAAGGGACCCUUCACUUGGGCUCUUUGCAUUUCUGCAUUGGGGGGCCCCGGCUCGGCCCCACAGUUCAGACCACCCGAAUCGACAGGCACUGCUGACGCACCACCCCUCUGCUCUCGUCUGGGUGAAAGAGUGAAACAAGGCUGCGAGGCUCACCCACCCUCGCUUCCCAGGAGUGAGGAGCAUCUGGGAGCAUUGGAACUUCUUCAUUUCUCGGGUAUCUAAAACCACCACAGGCAGAGAGACACACAGUCUCCGUCCCAGGAGGAAGCAGCGGUUGGUGAAUAGGACUAACAGGCCAGGAGCUUCCAGAUCAGAGCACAUCACCAGUGUUGCCAAAAUUGGUCUGAAGUGCUGGCUGUUCCCCUGUGUCUACCCGAGUUGGGUCAGGUCCUUGUGCGCAAACACAUUGGACUGUUGGGCUGUUCCCCCAACCCGGAGGUUGUUAAUUAGUUCAUUAAAAAGGAGUCGCAAGUGGAUACACCCUCGUCCAUCUGGAGGGGUCAGAAACUCACCCAGGUUUUCCAGAAGGAGCUUGUCAGCCUGUCCAGCCUCUUCUGAGUCCGGGGAUGCCUGGGGCCUCAGUCGGAUUGGGUGGUCCCUCCAGCCUGGUGUUGGAGGGGAAAGCUUUGUGGGGGGAGGGCCCUUUCCAGGGGCUUUGGUUCGAGCUUCUCGUCCUGUUGAUCUAUUUGAGGUCUUAUAUGUGUUUAUCAAACUUAUUCUUAAGUUUAAAAAAGGGGUUUUUUUUGUUUGUUUCUUUUUUAAGAUUUCAGAAGUUGGCAAAAACGUUCAGAGCUUUGUGCUGCAGCUCUCGGCCUGAGCAGCCUCUCCUAACUGGAGUGUUGUGGAAACUCCGCGUUUCCCCAGAGCUGCUAAUCUUAUUUAAGAAAAAGUUGUAAAAAUCCGCCUUCUCUAAACGCCUUCUUUGAGCGGGGCUGUUGUAGUCCCCGUGUACAGCCGUCAGUGCUGGGGGGAGGCGGAGGAAGGCCUUGCAGGCCUUGCAAGCGAGGGCUUUCUUCCCACUGGCUGUAAAAAGUUUGUAUUUAUUAUGUAUAAAAUGUUGAAUAAUAAAAACGCAGAAUUAAGA